AUGCCUUCACUGACUAUGGUUCUAUGGAGUGCUUUCUGCCUCCAUUUGCUCUGGGACAAGUUGACAGCUCCAACUCGGGUGUGCUCACCGACUGAUCCGAUGGGAGCGCAGCAUCCAGUCCUGGCUCUGCUGGAGAGGUUUCAGACAAUUCAGGGUUGUGUGGCAAGAGAGCACGGCCACAAGGAAACCCAUGUUGUUGCACUGGAGAGGGGAGACAAAAGCUCGGAGAACAAGCUCAGGACCAUCCACUUGGUGCUCAGCUCAAAGCACCGAGUCUCCUGGUUACUGGAGGCCCAACAGCUGCCACCAAACCUGCCAGUGUUUGUGCAGGUGUCUGCAAACUCAAGCGUCGAGUCACACGCUCUACGCUUACAUGUGCGAACGGUUCAUUUGUUACCGUCACGCCCUCGUCCACUGCACCGCUGGGCCCUGAAGCACCAUGGCAACCUGUCCUCACUGAUGUACACGAAACGUGGUAAUCGUGUCUACAUUCAGCUAGGAGAAGAUCCAACCCGACUUGCUGAGUGUCAGCUGCAGUCUUCAUUUUCCUGUCCCAGCUUCACGAUCACAGAUCUGCAGCCACAAAAAGUGUGGGGAUGCAUCCAUCCCACAGCAGGUGAUGCUAGUCCUGAAGUCCAUGUGAUCCAUCUCCGUUCAGCAGGCUCAGAGCGCUGUAGUUCUCAGCGGACAGAGGUGAUUGUCUCUCUCGUGUCUCCAGUGGUCUCUUUGAAGGAGGAGAAGGUGGUGCUUAUCCUCAGCAGCUCAGUCCCGGUCAGCUGGGUUAUCACAGCUCAUGAUGUCCGGGGUCACAUCUCUGUUCAUUCCUCCAGUGGUGUGUCACCACCCUUUCCAGCUGAGCCUAACCUAACCUUGUCCAGCACACUUAACUCCGACCUGUCGGAUGUUUCUGAUCUUCUUGUCUGGGCCAAUGAGAGCGGCUACUUGAAGGUGACCUCAUACACCGAGGCUCACCUGGCCAAUCGCUUUGUGAUCCACUUGACUGAGGGCAGGACAGGACGAGAGAGUUUGAGAGUGAACUGUGAGGACGGACUGCUCAGCAUGACGGUCGACCAACAGCUACUGCAGGGUUUGUCUGUGCCAGUUGCUGCCGUGACUCUGCAGGACCACAAGUGCCAGGCUCUGUCUAAUGGGAGCCAUUUCCUGCUGACGCUUCCCGUCAUUUUCUGCGGCACGGAGGCUGAGCUGGUGGAGGAGCCCAGAGGGGUGCUGUACAGAAACAGGGUGUUUCUGUGGAGAAACAAACCUCAAACAAUCAAGUCUCUUGAAGAGAGGAACUUCAAUCCUCCUCUCAGCAUGCCGAUCAGCUGCUUUGCUGCCAGCCCGUCACGUUCUGCUGCUGAUGGUGAUAUUGUGGCCCUCCCUCUGGUUGGACGGUUCACACGGGGGGUGAAUCAGGGUCCAGAGUCUGUUCCAGGGCUCGGGCAUCUACCUUUUCCUCGACACAGAUCUGAGCCUGUUGUAGAUUUGAAGCUUUUUGUCUCAGAGAGCUACGAGCAGACGUGGAUCGGGCCCUGCGUCAUCCCUGCUGGACAAAGGGUCUUUGUUGAGAUUUCAGCCAAAGCGUCCUUCGUGGAUGGUGUGCAAGUAAGGUCAUGUUUUGUCUCUCCGCUGUCUGACCCUAAGAAAUCUCCUUUCUGGACCGUGAUAAGCAAUGGAUGUUCCUCCAACCCCUCGCUGACCUUCGAUGCAAAAACAAAGAGCAAGGAGGAGGACAAGGAUGAAGACGAGGGUGAAGAUGAAGAGGAAACUGCUGAAACUGAUGGAUGGGAGAAGGGCAGAAAUCAUCCUAAAGAAAUAAAAAGCAUAAGGAUGGACAACGAUACCCAAAGAGUUGCAGAAGAGGAGAUCCGAUUCCUCAGAUUUAGUUUUAUCCUUCGUCCAGUUUUUAAGGAGCCCAUGCAGUUCCUCCACGUCAGCCUCCAGCUGUGCCUCUCCAACUCAACAAGAGGGCCGCCCAUGAAGGAAGCAGUGAAGGAAGACUGCCAGACUGAGACACAGAUCCCUGCACUCAUAACUAGAUCCUCGAGACAACAGUGUGGGAUCAGAAACCUCUCUAGACCCAUGGUGGUCACCCAACCCAUUGGUCCACUGGCACCCAAAGUGCCGCCCCCUAAUGGCCAAAGAACCAACAGGCUCAGUGUGGCUCCAGUGGCGGAUCCAGACCCAGAGACCAGCAGUCUCGGUGUGCAGACUGGGCCACUGAUGGGAAUCGUCUUUGCAGCGUUUGUGAUUGGAGUCAGUCUGAUGGGAGGGCUGUGGUGCAUCUAUAACUUUACAGGCAUCUCCAACACAUCUCCAAAGUACUAG